UAAUCCAGUUUUGGAGGCGGGGGGGGGGAGAGGGAGGCAAGCCUUGAGUAUAUCCUUUCCCGGUCGCGGGCCUGGGCUCCCCCCGGAGUGAGCCAGCAGAGGGCGCCGGAUCCCUUCGGAGCCUCUUUGCCCGGGAACGGUGGGAGUUUGAACAAAGUUUUGCUGGCGACAGACGAGUGGCUACUCCGGAUUGGGUUGACCCGGCGUCCGCAGGGGGAGUUUAGCAAGCCGGGUCCGGAGAAUUGGGGCGACCGCGCUUGGAUAGCAGCAAUGGCGGCUGGGGAGACGCAGCAGGGUGGCUGUCUCCAGCAGUUGCGCCACAGGGUGGACGUCAUGGAUCCGGGCUUCCAACAGAAACUGGAGAGCGAGAAGGAGGUCAUACGCAGGGCCAUCCAGAAGGAGCUAAAAAUCAAGGAAGGAGCUGAGAAUCUGCGUCGGGUCACCACCGACAAAAAGAAUCUGGUGCAUGUGGAAGGCAUGCUAAAAUCGUCCAACUGCAAGUUGGAACAGCUGCAUCAGGAACUCCAGGACCUCAAUGCCAGGAUUGUAGUAAAAGAGACAGAGGUGGCCAGGACAGAUGAAAAGGUGUCCCCUGAUCCUUGCGUCUGGGGAAAGAGCCCGGGCCCGGCGUCAAGGAGGAUCGGGGCGCUGAAGAAGCAGCUUCACAUUGAGAUGAAGGUGAAGCAUGGCACGGAGAACUUGAUCCAGAUGUAUUCCAGCACCACAAAGGAACGGAAGCUCCUGGCAACCGCUGAACAGAUGCUGCACGAGAGCAAGACCAAGAUCGAAUUGAUCCGCAUGCAGAUUGUGAAGGUGUCCCAGGCGGUAGGGGGCACAGAAGGCGACACGGUGGAUCCGGCAGCCAGAGAGGGAGGCCCGUUCAGUCCCCUCGAGUUGCGCCUGGAGGAACUGCGGCAUCGGCUGCAUGUCGAAGCUGCGGUAGCGGAAGGGGCCAAGAAUGUGGUGAAGAUCCUUGGCAGCAGGCGCGGGCUGGACCGGAAAAUGUUGGCUGAGGCUCAGGCACGUCUGCAGGAAUCCUUGCAGAAGAUCGAUCUGCUGCGUCUCUCCCUCGAGCAUCUCCUCUGCAAUUUGCCUACCUGUCACCCAAAGCGGGAGUUCAUCAAGCAGGAGCUCAUGAACAUUUCCUCUUUGGGGCCUCCGCCAGGCAGCAGUGGGCAGCCAUUUUCCCCCUUGAUCAAACCCGCAGCGCUUACAGGGACGCUGGAAGUGCGACUGAUGGGCUGCCAGGAUGUGCUGGAGAGGGUUCCUGGCCGUUCCCGAGCGGUCAGUUCAACGCCCAUCUACGGGAGCCCCAGCGACUCAAAGCCCAUGGCCUGGACGAGGGUUGGCAUGAGUCUGCACAGCCGAUGUGCUCUGGGGAAACACAUUCUGAAUGAAGAACUGUGCAGUGAAGUUCUUGCAGUGCUCAAGGUAGACAGCAAGGUUGUUGGCCAGACAAACUGGGGACCAGUUAACAACCAAGCCUGGGACCAAACAUUUAUCAUCGAAUUGGAUAGAUCUCGAGAGCUGGAAAUCUCUGUUUAUUGGCGUGACUGGCGGGAGCUGUGUGCAGUGAAGUUCUUGCGCCUGGACGACUUCCUUGAUAAUGAGUGCCAUGGCCUGUGUGUCCCCCUUGAGCCCCAAGGGACGCUCUUUGCAGAGGUCACAUUCACGAACCCUGUGAUUGAGACCCGGUCUAGGUUGCAGCGUCAGAAGCGCAUUUUCCCCAAACAAAAAGGCAAAGAGUUUCUCCGAGCCUCUCAGAUGAAUAUCAACAUUGCCACCUGGGGGCGUCUGAUGAUGAACUUCCUGCCCCCUUGCAGUUCCCUAAGUACAUUGAGCCCCCCUCUUCGGGAUUCCAUGUGUCCAGAUAUCGCUUCUCCACCCCCUUCUCGGAGUCGAGUUGAUCCGGGGGCAACGGUGUCCAGUGACUACCCGAUGGUUAAACUGACAUUUGAUGAUGAGCCCCCUCCCAAGCCGCCGCGCCUCUUCCUGGAAUCUUCUCCCAAGGAGCCGGUGACAUCUCCAUCUCCUUUGGAUCCUGUGAAUCUGAACAGGUUACAUGGAGAUGGACAUAUCUGUGGUUCGCAAGAGGCAAGCCAGGGUACCGCUGGGAAGAGGACUGUCCGGUUUGAGGACUUUUGUUGCAUUUCUGUGCUGGGACGUGGGCACUUUGGAAAGGUGUUGUUGACUCAGCAUAAGACCACAGGUAAGCUGUAUGCCAUCAAAGCCCUGAAGAAACACGAAAUCAUUGGCCGGGAUGAUGUGGACAGCUUGAAUUGCGAGAAGCGCAUCUUUGAAGUGGUCAACUCCUUCGGCCACCCCUUCCUGGUGAACAUGUUUGCUUGCUUCCAGACCCCCAGCCACGUGUGUUUUGCGAUGGACUAUGCCCCCGGGGGGGACCUCAUGAUGCAGAUUUGUGUAGACAACUUUCCAGAGCACGUGACGCGGUUCUACUCAGCCUGUGUGGUGCUGGGACUCCAGUUUUUACAUGAGAAGAAGAUAAUUUACAGGGAUCUGAAAAUGGAUAACCUUCUCCUAGAUGCUGAGGGCUUUGUGAAGAUUGGCGACUUUGGGCUUUGCAAGGAAGGGAUAGGUUUCGGAGACCGAACCAGCACCUUCUGUGGCACCCCCGAGUUCCUGGCUCCCGAAGUCCUGACCGACCCCUCCUACACCCGGGCGGUAGACUGGUGGGGGCUCGGAGUGCUGAUUUUUGAAAUGUUGGUUGGGGAGUCUCCGUUCCCUGGAGACAAUGAAGAGGAGGUGUUUGACAGCAUCAUCAACGAAGACGCCCAUUACCCGCAAUUCCUUGCCUCGCACGCGGUCUCCAUCAUGCGUCAGUUCUUCCAAAAGUGUCCAGAGCAUCGCCUUGGAGGAGGAGAGGGAGAUGCGGAGGAGAUUAAAAGGCAGCCCUUUUUCAAGGAGAUUGACUGGGAUGCCCUCUUUGCCAGGACCGUUAAGCCUCCUUUUGUGCCCACCUUGAGAGGUGCCACCGAUGUCAGCAAUUUUGACAGGGUGUUCACCUCCCAGGAGGCCACCCUGACCCCUCCGGAUGAUCUCCCCCCGCUUACUGCAGAAGAGCAGGCCAGGUUCAAAGACUUUGACUCUGUUUCCAGACACCUGCUGGAGCUCUGAUUAUUAUUAUUUUACUGACUGGGUCACGAAGAGCCCAUUCAGAUAUCCUCACCUCCAUUUGCUGCUAGAGAACUAAUGUGGACCUGCUCCUGUUUGGGGGAGGCCCUGUUUUCCAGCAGUGCUGACUUUGUUCACGUACACAUGAAGCCAUGCAGGAAAUGGGACAAUGCUUUUACAGUAUGGCUACAGAGGUUUUUACCCUCUGCAAGGUCUCUGGCGCACGGAUGAGGCUGGGGCAGACACCAAGAUUUCUGGGGAUGUCAUGCUAGAUUGCUGCAGGUAUUUAAACAUCAAUUUUAUUUGGGACCCAAGAGGUGACGAUAGCAUGUAGGAGCGGGCAAUGCAAGGCUUCCGGCACUUCCUGUUUAGACACGAUGGAGACGUGAACCAAAGUCAUACUUUUUCACCUUUUUCACUGGAGAAUUCAGGGACUGUUUGAAUGCCUCUCUUGUGUUUGGAAAUUCUGUUUCACCUAAGACAUAGAGGCAGAGGAACAGGAGGUGAAUGGUGCUCGUAGUUCUCUUUCCAACACUGCCAUGUCUAAAAUCACCAAGCAAUAAGGCUCAUCCUGGGUGCUUUGAAUAUAAAAGCAAGUACCUCUUGAAGAAAAAUCUUGCCUGCUACUUGCAGAGAUCCGUGCCUGGCAGAGGGGAAAAAAUAAAAAUAACGUCAGACGUUGUCCUCUCCAACAUUAACUUACGUUUGAUCCUCCUGAGGAAUUUUGUGAUGAGGAAUCAAGUUUACCAAAGCCAGGAUAAUGAAGGAUCUGUUUGGACCUGAAGUCUCCUUUCCAGAGGAUCUCUUCCGAUUUCACUUUCCCAGACACACAAGGCUCUUUGAAUGGGCUGGAGUGGAGCGAUAUGUGCAAUUUGUUCCUGUUGAAUGUCAAAGGUGAGCGGCAGACUUGAAUUCGGCUUGUGAAUGUGUAGAACUGCCAGGCAGCCAGAUCUCACCUAUGAAGCCCCUCGCCCAUGCACCAAGUCCUAUAAACUGUCCUUGAGUCUCUGCUAGGGGAAAAAACAGACCCUUGCGCCCUUUUUUGUGCAUUUCUCCAUGUGGAGGGUGGACCUCUGGAGGAUGGAGCGGGGCCACAUCCCCUGCCUGGCCCUCCCCAUGUCCAUGCACCACCACGAACGUCUGCAAAGGGGAAAGCUGCAUGGUUAGAUUUUUACACUAUGGGAAUCUUGCGCGAUCAGAGUUCUCAGUCGCAUGGAAGCGUUAGCAUGUACAGCUAUACACAGAAAAGUUGCUCCUUUGUGGACAUCUCUGUUGAUGUGCGGAUGCUGAGGGCGUGCAUGAUGGACAACUUUGGAGACCGGCGCAAAGAGAUGCAGCCUCCUCCAUCUCCCCUAUGUGCAGAGGAAUGAGUGAAAGGGGCCUUUGUCAUUCCUGAAUCUUUGAACUGCACUCUCAUGAAGAAUCAUGCAUUAAAAUUCCAGAGUUUGCUCACAGCGCGGGUUGAAAAGAGAAGGUCUGUUGUCUUUCCAUCCCUUUGGAGACAGCUGGUGGGUGGGUUUCCCUCCCCCACCUUUGUGAAUACAAUUAUAAUAUUUUCUGUUAUGCCUCUCGUUUGCUGCACCAGCUCCUAGGAGCCUGGAUUUAUUUGCCUUCAUUUCCAAAGAUGCUACUUUAGGGCCACUGUAAACAGAUGUGCUCCUAUUCCACUGUCCCCCCCCCCCACGGAUUUCUAUGUCUUGAAUAAAAACACUGGCAAACAAGCGAACAUGACCAAGAAGUGGGGGGGGGGAAGGGAAUGCAAUGGCAAGAGAAUCCCAGCUCAGCAAGAAAGCAAAAUGUCCGAGGAUUUCCAAAUUGCAUGUUGUGAUUUAAUAUUUAAAAUAAAAGUGUUUUGGAUUUGAAA